AUGACAGCUCGAGCCCUCUGGCUUCUCUGUUUGAUCAUCGGAUGGUCCCCCGAAACCCCGGUGGCGGAGAGAAAAGCUCCUCCGCCGCACCGAAAGCCCGGGGCCCGGGAAACGCCGGGCCCGCACGCGCAGCCGCUGCCCGAGUUCGCGCGCCGGCCGCGAGCCGCGGACGCAGGGCCGCGCGCCUGGCCGGAGCCCCGGCGCCGGAAGCCCGCGCCACCAGCUGACAACCGCGCCGGCUUCCGGGAUGCGGCGCGCGCGCCCGCAGGGCUCCCGGGCCCGCGCCUCACUCAGGCGGAGAACCGCGCGUCCUCGCCCGAGGACUCCCCGCGGCGCGCGCGCUCUCGGGCCCCGCGACCCCAGGGCGCGCGCGCCGCUGGCCCCGCCCACCCGAACCGGCCGCGCGCCGCCGCGCAGCCCUCUGGAAGCCCGCGGGCGCUGUCGCCCGAGGACGCCGAGCUGGAGACCCAGUCGUGCGCGCGCGCCUGCAGCGGGGACGCGGACGAGCGCGAGGCCUACUGCGCCAGCGAAUUCGCAGCCGUGAAUGGAAUCGUGCACGACGUGGACGUGCUGGGCGCGGGCCUGCGGCUGGUGACUCUACUGGUGGACCCCGAAGGGCUGUACAAGAUGAGCCGCCUGUACAUCACUCCCGACGGCUUUUUCUUCCGCGUGCAUAUACUAGCCCUGGACUCCUCCAGUUGCCAUAAGCCGUGUCCAGAACUUAAACCUGGAAGCCGGUAUAUUGUGAUGGGCCACAUCUACCAUAAGAGACGGCAGCUCCCUACUGCUCUGCUCCAGGUCCUGAGAGGGCGCCUGCGGCCAGGAGACGGACUGCUCAGGGGUAGCAGCAGCUACGUGAAAAGAUUUAACCGAAAACGGGAGUGGCAAGUUCGAGGUGCCACCCACACCCAGUGCAUGUGAACAGACCAGCCUGGCACUUGUGGGUCCCAAGAGACUUGGAACUCAGCAGGAAGACACAGAAGGUGGUUCGUCACAGCGGGGGUCCUUCUGUCUGAAACUGGGCCCACACCUUAAGAACGACUUGUGCAGCUUAGCUCUAAAGCUGACACUUUAUUUACAAAACGCUGACAAGGUAUGCUCCAGAGCACAGUGGGAAAGUUACAGUGACACACACACA